AUGCGACCCAAUGACCCAACCUCCAAAGGCCUUCAGGCAAUGGACGCGAGACUGGCAAUGACGACGAUGCAGCUGAUGCGUGACGACCAAGCGGGUCCUGGUGCAUUUGCAGCAACAGAACUGCAUGGUCUACUGCAAAGGCAACUUGGUGACUGA